AUGCCAUAUCGCCAUGAAAAGCAUGAAAAUGUACCGCUUGACAAGCAGUCUCCUCUGGGACUCCUCCCCAACUUCCGAAGACCUUGGAAUUGUAGCAGCCGGAUAGCAUACGAUGACAAGAUUUUCAACAGUGCAGACAAGUGUUGUAGCCAUGGGCACAAAGCUGAGGGUACAACAGGGCUUAAUUCGUCUGACUCAACGCAAGCUCGUAACAGCCUGGCCACCAGUCUCAAGACAAGAGAAAAUUACGCCAAGUCUCUGGGCUUCAGAGGCGAUUCAUUAAAGAAUUACAUCAAAAGAUGGGCUGUCAGGCGGUCUAUAAGAGCGAAGAGCAAAUACGAAGGGUCAAGGUCCCAUAAUCGAGAGGAUAGUGGUCAUGACAACCUAUCAUUGGAGGAUCAAGUGCAAAUUCUGGAAAACUUGAUGUCAUACGUGUGCAAAUGGUUCGUGAGGACGAAAGAACGCGUUGACCAGGCUGAACAUGUGCCGAGCAGGGCGACAAUGUUUGUGAUGAGACAGCAGCUCCGGCAUCUGGAGACGCUGUUGGUGACGGGGUUAAAAAAAUACGAGUGGAGCCUUGCCAGACCCGAGUUUCUGGGUCAGGAAAAGGAAAUGUUGCUGAGACACGAGAGUACCCUCUUCCCGUAUGAUGCCAGUGAGCAAAGUCCGUUGCUGGAGGACCUGAGUAUCUCAUAUUGCCCUGGCGACCUGUCCACGUUUGAGCCUCCGGGCGUGACCAUGCGCAAUGUCAACCGCCGGUUUGAAGAGACCACGCAGUAUGACUCGGAGGAGCAGGUGAACGAUGAGGCCGACGAGAAGGCGACCGAGACGAAGUUUUCUACGAGCCGUUCAACGACCACGUGUCAUGCCGUUGACCAGGCUCCAACGAUGACUGCAUUCGUCAGCCUUCAGCCGGUCGGUACUGGAGCUGGUCAGGCCUUUAAAUGUGUGGACACGGCAACGCUGGAGCCAAUUGGUUGUCGGGUCGUCGAAGGGGCUCCGGUACCCCUUGUCAAUCAGAUGGGCCAAUCUGAAGAGCCUGUCGGUGACCGACAAGACGACAUGAGGAAUGUAGCUUUGAAAGAGGCGAACUCUCCUUACGCCCAACGCCACAGCGACACCGAAGUGGGCUUGCCCUUUGACCACAAGUACAUGGGCCGAAGUGAUGACGACGGCCAAACGGCCGCGGCCAGAACCGGAAGAUGUGUAAAUGAGGAGGAGAAUAAGCAUUCUAAAGACGGUGUCGCCUGCACGCACGACAACACGGCAAGCAAUGACGCAACCGGUGAACCGAUGGACGGCAAGAGCAUACAACCGAGUGUUGCCAACGGACUAAAACGUAUGAAAUGCGUCUCGGAGAAGCGCGCCGAUUGGCAGUUGAAUCGUCUUACGGAAGAGGGGGAAAAAUUCAUUCGUGUUUUGUGUCGCUGUAAAGAAGAGUUCCUGGAAUACGCCAAUUUGCGAGGUGCCCUUCACGAGUGCCAACAAACCCGAAGCAAACUCCUCCGUGAAGGCGUUGACGUGGCUUCGGAGAACGGCGAGCCGCCGGGCUCCCUCUUGACGGUCGCUGAUACGAGCCCCGCGGUGUGCUCAGAUGCCAUCAGCAAUUUUUUAGUUAGGCACAACAAUGUAAUGAGCAGUACAGUUGUGUCGCCAAGGGCCGAAAGACCCCUCGUCUCCACGUCGUUGAGCCCAGGAAACUUGGGCACUGGGCGCGACCCGAAAAUGGUGGCGCAGACUCCGCCAGCUCCGAGGCCGGAGAGUCCGCAGUCGGGCCGCUCGUCGUCAACAGCCUCGCUCUCGAUACCCCUCGCCGUCGAGCCUGGGCCCGGAAGUGGGGCCACUUCGCUGUCUGGAUCGUUGACCAACUCCAUCGGAUCCGGGGGCGCCGAGGUUAAUGAACAUUUCAGAGCGGUGCCUGUGCGAGCUUUGGUGGAACCAGGCCCCAGAUUUACAAAAUCGUCCGGUACAGGACUGGCUCAGGCCAGGAUCAUGUUAAAAAGGCCGAAUGGAAAUCCCGCCUCGCAGGAGUUGCUGAGACGACGACACUUUGAUGAGGUCGAGCUGAGAAAAGGAGGUCUGGAAGGGGAGGCCAAGACACAGCAGAGGAGUCAGCCGAAUGUAUGA